AUGUUAGAGAAAAAAUUCGAGCAAACUAAAUAUCUUGCCGGAUCUGAUCGAGCUCAAUUGGCGCAGGAGCUUAGCAUGAGUGAAAGUCAAGUAAAGGUUUGGUUUCAAAAUCGACGUACAAAGUGGCGUAAGAAGGAAGCUGCCGAUAACGCUCUUGGUAAACGUCAGGAAGAUCUGAAAUCACCGUCAGAACAAAUUCAAGCGCUACAAAGUAUGCCGUUCAUCGCUUCACCGAAUUGA